CACGUGCGACUUACGCAGUUCGUGGUUGCACUGUCGCAAGGGCGGAUGAGAUAUCCGCCGUCACUCCGGUCCCGCGAGGUCUUCGCUUUGGUGACAUCCGCGUUCGAUUCCGCCGAGUACUUCGAGCGAGUCAACGUCGUCGGUUCGACCAAGAGAGAGAGAGAGAGAAAUAGAUAUACGAAUCUGAAAGAGAGAGAAGAGAGUUGCAAAUUUCAGGAGCGAGCUCAUUGACGCACGUCGCAAAAUGUUCUCCGGCCUGACGAAUCAGGUAUCCAAUUGGAUGGGGAAGAAGCCCGAGAACGGCAGCGAGGUGACAGGCGAGCAGAAGGUCACCUCCCCGGAAGCCGAGAGCGCCGUGGAUCUCGAGAAGAAGAACAAUACCAGUCCCAAGGGUAAUAAAUUGGAAAUGUUAGCCGGGGUAAAGAAUCAAAUGUCCGGUUGGUUGAGCGGCGGUAUACCUGGAUUAAGCCGCGGCGCCGGAGCCGGCGAGGGCGAGGCCCCGCAAUCAGCUGAGACAGAAGAGACCCAGGAGCCUCAAGAGAGCCAGGCUCCCGUUGGUGAACAAGUGAAGGAUGACGAUGCAAGCAGGUACGCAACCGGUGGAGCGGAUAGCGGUCCCGCGAGUUUAGAGGGCACUCCAACUGAUGACAAAAAUGGACAACAGGCUUUUGGUGCCGUUUCCACGAAGGCAUUGGCGGGUGCGAAGAGCCUUGGCGGAUUCUUGUAUAGCGCCGUGAAUAAGGCCGGGAAGACCGUGGUGGAGGCCAGCGUGAAAAUCAAGAAGACCGUCGAAGAGAACAGGCUGAUCGCUGAACUCAAUAAGGAACAGGAGGCUUUCAUCGCCAGCAAGCAGGCGGGCGAGAAGGGCGAGGCUGUUGCACCUUGGGUCGGCGCGCCGAACGAGGAUGCGCUACGCGAGGAGUGCCUGUCACUCUCAACCGAUCGACGUAAUUUCGUGAGAGCACCACCACCAGGCGUAGAAUUCGCUUGGGACUUCGAGGCUGUCCAGCCAAUGGCACAGGCUACCCUUGCUCUGGAUCCGAAUCUUGAGGCCAUGAGGUUCGAGCUUGUCCCGAAAGUUAUAUCCGAGGAGAACUUCUGGCGCAACUACUUCUACCGGGUGUCCCUGCUGCGCCAGGGCUACGAGUUGAACGCGAUGGCCAGCAGCCAGCAAGAGGCGGAAAGCAACUCCAAUCAAACCCUCGCCAGCACCACCGACAGCAUCGAUCACACUCAAGUUCAAAUGACCACUGGCCAGACAACCACCCCGGGUGCCACGACAACGGGCAGUAACAGCACGCUGGCCGAUUCACCAGGUCACGAGUUCGUGUCCGAUACCAUGAGGGUCUCGGACACAGACCUCGAGGAGGUCCGAGAGGGGAUGAGAAAGCUGGGGAUGCAGCCGCCGAAAGCCUAAAAGAAGAGGAGAGUGCCCCCCAAAUGCCAUUAUCCAAAGCACACCCCCUCAGAGAUGUACAUGCUUUCCGCUCUCGAAAACUGACAUUUUUCAGUUCUUAGCGGUAUACCGAACCUCCUCUCGCCUCUUUCUCUGUCUUCUCCUCUUCCCCCGUUUUCUUUUUUUUUUUUUUUAAUUUUCUGUUUCUCCGUCACGCGAAGCCGCUCCUGGGCACGAACGUUCCCACGAGACGAAUGUUUGUUUCGUUACAAUCGAUCUGGCAGUCGACGCGAUCCCGUGCCAGUCGCAAGGAUCACCCCGACUGAACGCAGAUUCGAAUCGAUGAGAGGAAGCUAGCGAGCUUAAAAAAGCGGAACGCUCCCGGGACGUGACAUAAAGCAAUCGCGUGAAAAAGAGGAAACAAUCUCGGAGUCAGUUUAAGAAGAACGGCCAGUCGUGUCGUAAUUAGACGGUCAGGAAUCUGUCAUUGGGAGAAAAUAAGCUUAACUGAUAUAAUGGAGAUAAAUUUCCACGCAAAGUAAUUGUUUCAUCUUUUUCAUUGUUAUUAAGAGAUUUUUUUUUUUACUUUUACGUAGGCAGGCCUCAAAUGAACGGGUUUUAUAGGCUUUUUGUUUUUAUAUUCCGACGAGGAGCGUAUUUUUUCAUCAAAAAAAAAAAAAAAGAAAAAAAAAAUAAAUAAAUAAAUUUGGCCACGCACACGUGUUUGAAAAAAAUAUUUCAAUUUUCGGGAUUUAAUUGCAAAUAUCGAAUAGUACAUGUUUUUAUUUCUUUUUAUUUUUGGAUAUUGAUGUCGAGAGUAAAAAGAAUGUAUUUGUGUGAAAUUUCACCUGACAGUUGCUCGUUAGAGAUGCGUCGUCGAAUCGCGAAAAUGAAAGACUCGGAGAAAAUAAAAAAAAAAAAAGAAAGAAGAGGAAGAAAA